GGGGGUUUCCACCGCCCUGCAGCCGGCCCCCACCCCAGAUGGCAGCGCUUGGCGGGGGGUGGCGGUGGGGGUGGCUGUGCUGUGGGCUUCCCCCCGUGCCUGUGCCUUCUUCCCUGUGCAGGUGAGGGGAAUUACCGUUAAGAUCACCCAGCCUCCAUGUGCCGGCCCCUUGACAGAUAAUCUCGGGCAGUUUUAAAUACGUUUUUCCCCUCUGUUAUUUUUUUUUCUUCUUUUUUUUCCCUAUUGUCACAUUUAUGUAACAAGUGCCUGUCUGCACGUUAGAUUGGUGUUGCCGUCUAGGGCGUUGCAUGCUCUGGGGGUGCUGCAUCCAGUGCUGUGUCUGAACAUUAAAAAAAAUGUCUUUCCGUUGAAGAAGACAGGGGUUAAAAUGAAUGAAGAUCUGAAGGUUAAUUUGAGCUGGCUGCCUCAGGAUCAUGUAGAAGCCAGCUCUACAGAGAAUGCCUCAGCCACAGGCUCCUCCCUGGUUCCUGUCGUAGACCCAGAGCCAGAGCUUUUGGUAAACCCCUGGGACAUUGUCUUGUGUACUUCAGGGACCCUUAUCUCCUGUGAAAAUGCCAUUGUGGUUCUUAUUAUUUUCCAUAAUCCCAGUCUUCGUGCCCCCAUGUUCCUCCUGAUAGGCAGCCUGGCGCUGGCAGAUCUCUUAGCGGGCAUUGGAUUGAUCAUCAAUUUCGUUUUUGCAUACCUUCUGCAAUCAGAAGCUACGAAACUGGUUACGAUUGGACUGAUUGUUGCCUCUUUUUCAGCAUCUGUUGGCAGCUUGCUGGCUAUUACUGUUGAUCGUUACCUCUCCCUGUAUUAUGCUUUGACUUACAAUUCAGAGAGGACUGUCACUUUUACCUAUGCCAUGCUUAUAUUGCUCUGGGGAGCAUCUAUCUGUAUUGGACUGCUGCCUGUAAUGGGCUGGAACUGCCUCAGAGAUGAAUCCACCUGCAGUGUUAUCAGACCACUCACUAAAAAUAAUGCAGCUGUCCUUUCGGUCUCUUUCUUGCUUAUGUUUGCCCUCAUGCUGCAGCUCUACAUUCAGAUCUGUAAAAUCGUGAUGCGCCAUGCCCAUCAGAUUGCCUUGCAACACCAUUUCCUGGCCACUUCCCACUAUGUGACCACCCGAAAAGGCGUGUCUACUUUGGCCAUUAUUUUGGGGACAUUUGCUGCUUGUUGGAUGCCUUUUACGCUCUAUUCUUUAAUAGCAGAUUACACCUAUCCUUCUAUAUACACCUAUGCCACGCUCCUGCCAGCUACCUACAAUUCCAUCAUCAAUCCUGUAAUAUAUGCUUUUAGAAACCAGGAGAUACAGAAAGCACUUUGGCUCAUCUGUUGUGGCUGUAUCCCUUCUAACCUGUCUCAGAGAGCAAGAUCACCCAGUGAUGUCUGAUUGGCAGCUAGGAGGACGCUCCUUAACAUGUUACUUUCCAGACAUUCUUGCGAUGCUGUCUUUGGUUUAGAUGCAUUCAUUAAAUGGUGUGUGAUGGGUUCAUAUAAAAACCACAGGAUGCACUGACCUUUUUAUAAACAGAAAACCCCAGUGACAAAAAUGAAUCAAGCGGUUUAAGGGAGAUUUCCAAAAUCAAAAUAAUCAGUGUUCUUACAGAUUUAUGGUGUUGCUCAGGGCCUUUUGUUACAUUACCCAGACUUUGCCAUGUUUGCCAUGAUUUUACAUUAAGUUUUCAAAUUAAAAUCAAAUGGAAACAGCAUACCUCCUUUGAAAUUGUUUAUGUGAUUUUGAGUUUAGUCAUACUGCAUGUUACAGUCUGUUGUCAGGAUAUUUUUUCCCUCUUUAAUUCUUUUUAAAACCAGAAAAGAAAAAAAAGAAGAAAAAAGAAAAGAAAACCCAAGUCCUGUUACCCCAUUUGUAUAUCAUCAGAAUACUCUUCAAAAUAAUGGCCAAUUGUACUGAUUUAUAUGGUAUUUAUUGUAAUAAUCUCAGUGCACCAAAUUUGCUCUAAGUGAGGAAGUACUUGUAUAGCGUUUUAUUUCACAUCUCGGUAUGAAUUAGCUUGAUAAUUGUUUUAAAGGGUUACCUGUUCUCUCCUGAGUUCUGGCUGGAUGUUAAAACAGAAGAUAUGCUUUGCCUUCCUUUUGAAAAGUCAGCCAUAUGUUUUCACUUAGAUAUGGGACAUCAGAGCUCAUUAUACUAUUAAUUUUAAAAGGAAUUCAGGGGGGAUCUUCGAAACUGAUGAAACAAUGUGGCCUCUUUUGGCUAUGCAUUUGUAAUAGAUACAACACUAACUUUCUCAGCCAAGUUUAUCUUUUCAGAAGUGCGUAAGAAAAUAUCUAAUAAAAUAACAUACAAAUUGCUUGCAACAUGUUUUUAGCAUCUAUGUGAAAUGGUUUCCCUUAAGUUUGUUACCAAGUCAAAACUAUUACCACUUGCUUUCAGCGUUCUGUGAUAUAAUUUAAAAUACUGACAUUUAUAAAAUCUCAGAGCAUAUCUGGUUCAUAAUUUUAUGCAACCAGGGCUGCAACAUGAAACAAUAUUUUCUUUUCUGUCAGUUUCAUCCAUUACAGAUUGUGAUUCUUCACACUGUACACAUGUCAGUUCGUUAUAGGGUGAUAGUUCUGGUCUGAAAAGCAGAGCUUCCUCUCAUGAAUGGUUAAAUUUCAAACUGCUUCUAACCUUUGCUGAAGCCACAUUAGAAUGCACUAGAAAUAAAACAUUGUUUUUUAAUUUGAAGGCUUGAUUGUCAGAGAGAAAAUCUUCCUGGCAGAUGUUGUCAUGAAACUUAAGGUGUACCCCAAUGUCAGUGCAUGGGAGUUUAUAGUACCACUUCCAUUAGUGUUGAUGGGAGCUCAAUGUGUUAAUGCCCUGGCGUCAGUAGGAGGUUAUGUUCUCUUGAAUGUCAAAGUCAGCAUACUGUAUUGUUGCUUCAGUAUCUUCCAUUACAGUUUUAAAAACCCCAACAAACUCAAGUGUAAAACUAGCAAUAUUUACAGUUCAAUGAAAAGAAUAUGCCUGUAUAGUGUAGAUAGUAGAGACAACUGUGUUGCUGGUCUGAAUUUUUCCAAAUGGAAUCUGUCCUUUUCACAUGGACAUUUGGAUGACUGUAGCUUUUUGUGGCAAAGUUUCUGUGACAUUAAGAAUCGUAUGCUAUACACAAAGCUGGAUCUCAAAUGUGAAUGAGUUGUAUGUAAACAAGGCUCUGUAGAAAAUUUUAUGAGCAAUAAUUGAUUUUAGUUGCAAUGCUGGGCUCAAAUUCUAUUAUUGGUUCAACCUUCAUGAUAUUUGGCUCAUGCUUUGUAAUCUGAUUAGUUUAAUAAUUGCAUGGCAUGGUCCAGUAGAGCUGUGAACUUGCAGCUCCCUUGGCUUCACUGCAAUUUACAGAUGCUCAGCACAGUUAGACUGUGACCCCUGCUCAGUAUAGGAUAUUGGUGUUCUUUAUCUACUUCUGAAUGCUAACAAAACUCUAGUCAUUGCAUUUUAUUAUGAAUUUUUGUAUAAGAAAUAAUCACUUCUUAAAUAGCCAUGCUAUAUGUAUAUGUGCAAUUUUGCAAGUAUGCAAAGCAUUGAGAAGAAAUACCAGUAAAAGUCAUCAGCUGAAUAAUGUAGAGAGGCUGAAUACUGUAGAAUGGCACUUUUAAAAGCAAAAGAUAGGUUAGUCAUGCAGAGUUUACACCACACCUACCCCCUUUUCUCCCCCAUUUAUUCUUCUGUAUCGAAUUGCUAAAAGGUGUGAUGAAGACAAGCAGCUACAACUGUGUCCAAAAUUGAGUCCAGAGGGCAACUCCUGUUUUGCUUAAGUAGACCUGUUCUCAACCUCUUGGAUAACCUCACAGGCACUAGUGUCUUUCUCUCCACAACACCUGUGUGGGCAGGAAGCCAGAAAAAAAAUUAUAUAGGGGGAGAUAGUGUCAUCCCCUCUGCUCAUGCUGGUUUACCCAUCGUCCUUGUCAUCUUCCUUGCUCUACAGGCUGCUCAAAUCCACAGAGGCUCUCCAGAGUGCUGGGAGAGCUGACCUUUUCCUUGUGGCAGAGCAGAGAGAUUUGUAAUUGGAAGCUUCUCUCCUGAGGAGCAGUGUGAGUCAAACAGAGGAAAGAAGGAUUAAUUAUAGAAGUCCCACAAAGCUAGCUCGUAGGGAUGUGAUUUGCCCUUGUUUCAGGAGUAAUGCAUGGUUACCUUUCACCACAAACAGAUGACAAACGCAAUUUAUGCCUCCCAAGCUACUGCUGUGACUUCUAGUGAGGAUGUUGUCUCUUCCAGAAGUAUGUUCUUAAACUGAGACUCUGCAUCAUAGGCCAGAAGACCCUUGUGGAGGUCAGUGACACAGGUUUGCCCACAGCUGUCAGGCAAAACUUCUAAUAUGGUUUGCAGUACUGGGCAGAUGCUAUAUUACACCCCCGUGAGUUCUUGGGAGCAGGGGCAGAGCUGUGGGUACAAAGCUACCUACCUCACUUGCACAAAACAAAUGCUUGACAGACAGCCACUUCUUCGACCCUGCAGAAUUAAGCAAUUCUCUGUUGUCACCUCAGAAUUACAGUGUAGCUCCUGGUUCUGUAUGAUGAGGUGCCAGUAUCCAUCCAAGAUACCUCUGAGACUGGCAGAAAUCCAGCCAGCUUGCAGGAUUCUGUCUUUUUGUUGUCUCAUCAAACAACACCUGUGUGUAAGACUAGGGCUGUUAGAUUCACAGCUCUAUGUACAGUGAAGUAUCUUUCAUAUCUCCAUUGUAAUGGCAAAAGAAUGCGUAAUUUAGUUUAAAGAAUUGCAGUUAAUUUUUAUUUAUUAACAUGCUUGAACCAAAGUUAGUAACAGGUUAUAUCUUGGUGGGAAAAAUAUACUGUAGUCAGCUUUUUCAUAUAUUCAUCCUCAAAGCUUGAGAGAGAAUUUUAAUUUUUUUCAAUUAUUAUUUUUGACCAUUUCUCCUAACAAUAAGAUUUCAGCAAUAAGAAGAAAUAUGUAUUUAGCACAAGAGCAAUAAAGUCCUCCAUGUUGCGGGUACCAUAAAAUGCUGAGUAAACUUAGAGCAACAGAGAGGAUGCAAUAUAUUUUUUAGACAAAAAAUAGUAACUUGCAUAAGGACUUAAAGUAAGCAGAAGUCUUCCCUUGUUAAGUAGUUGCUAUUGGACCGAUGUGGGACACUAUUUCUGGUUGGUUUGUGUUAAAAUUAUUGAGUUCCUGAAUGGGAUUACUGAGCAAUAAUCUUCUACCUUAGUUCUUGGAUCCUGAAUUCAUGUUAUUUGCAAGAGGGAAUUAGGUACUGCAGUGGAGAUUUUGAUUCUUUCAUUGUUUGGCAUUUAGUUGUGCAGCAUUCUAUGGAUGUAUUUGUUGCGUUCCGGAUUUUCAGUUGUAGCUUAAUACUGAGAAUACUCUUCACCAAACAAAAACUGAGAAAAUCCAAAUUUGUCAUGCCCAUCAAGAUGGAUAUGAUAAAUGGUGAUAACCCAUUCUGAAGGCAGCUUUGCCUUUAAAAGAGCAAGAUUAUGGUGUCAUAGAAGAAGACCCUCACCAAUACCAAGGGUAUUUGGAAGCAAGCUGAAAGGCCUGCUAUUGCUGCUCUAUCUUCCUACCGUGGACACUUAGUAACCUAGGCAGCUGCAUCCGUCCUCUGUGUUCAGGGGCCAGCUUUGAGGCAUCUUGGAGUCACUAAAAUUCCUCCAUGGACAGCAGUGAACUUAGACUAGCAGCUGUUCUGUUCCCAAAGGGUUAUUUUUCUGUUGCCUCAUUUUCUUAGGGAUU